AUGUCCGUCAAGAGAAGAGCUUUGCUGUGGGAUAUCAGGAGAUUUUCCGAACCAACUGUUGAGCUGAGUAAACACGAAGGGCCCAUUAAACUUUUACACUUGGAUCGUCACAAUAUCGUAACUGGUGGGCCGUAUGAUUCCUAUAUAAAAGUUUGGGAGACCGAUACAGGCGAACAUUUGGAUUCAUUGAUCUCUUCUGGUGAAGAUGGAAAACAAAAUUACACGGGAUGCUCCACAAUGGCAGUUGACAGGUGUCGGAUUGUGACUGGUGAUGGUGUUGGUGUAGCAUACGGGGGGUGUCGGAUUCUGACUGGUGAUGGUGUUGGUGUAGCAUACGGGGGAAACUCUCUGUUGCGCUUCAAGGAUUUCAGGACCGCCACCUGGCACGUGCCGUCUGGCCCGUACGAACCAGACCCAAGUGCUUCCAAGUUCUGGGGUUCUCUUUCGGAUAUCGAUAGAGAUUCAGAAGAAUCUGUUGGUUUUCUGUAG